UUGGCGCAAAUCAACAAGGUGAAAAAGCUAGACAAGUGGGUGCCGCACGAAUUGAACGAUGCGCAAAAAGAACGACGACUCGAGGCAUGCCUUUCUCUUUUAUCUCGCAACAAAACUGAACCAUUUCUCAAUCGAAUUGUUACCUGCGAUAAAAAAUGGAUCAUGUACGACAAUCGUAAGCGUUCAUCGCAAUGGUUGGACCAAGCUGAACCACCAAAACACUGCUCCAAACGAGGCAUCCACCAGAAGAAACUGAUGGUGACUGUUUGGUGGUCUGGUUCAGGUGUCAUCCAUCACAACUUCAUGGAACCUGGCACAUCGAUCACGGCGGUUGUCUACUGCAAGCACCUAGACGAUAUGAUGCAAAAUUUUGCGAUUAAACAACCAAGAUUGGUCAAUCGCUUGGCUCCCAUCCUCUUGCACGACAACGCUCGACCUCACACCGCACAAAUGACCGUGGCAAAGCUACAGCAGUUGAAGUUAGAAACUCUCCGUCACCCACCAUACUCGCCAGACCUUGCACCCACUGACUACCACUUCUUUCAAGAUUUAGACAACUUCUUAUCGGGAAAAAAAUUCAAUUCCGCAGANGCUGUGAAAACGGCCUUUCAACAGUUCAUCGACUCUCGUGAGCCUGGCUUUUACAGCAAAGGGAUAAACAAGCUACCGUUGAAGUGGCAAAAAUGUAUUGAUAAUCUGGGUGCAUACUUUGAUUAA